AUGAGAAUGUCUGAAUUGCCUUGGGAGGCCCGAGCGGCUGAGAAGCGAGCGACGACCCUGUCCAAGAUCAAACCCUCAUGGAGACUUGCGCCCAAAGACUUGGAACGAGCCAGUCGGCAGCGUGGCCUCACAGGCUCCUUCAUCAAUGAGCUUCUGGACAAACAAACUGUUUCCAUCACAUCCAUGGAUAGUUUGCCGAUACUCGAGUCCAUCAGAAGUGGAAAGCUGUCUGCGACAGAGGUUACAACCGCCUUUUGCAAGACGGCAGCUGUUGCCCAUCAGAUCAACAAUUGCCUCCACGAAAUCUUCUUUGACGAAGCGCUUGAUCGGGCCAAGUACUUGGACGACUACUACGCCAAAAACAACAAGACGGUUGGACCACUCCACGGCCUCCCCAUCAGUCUCAAGGACCAGUUCCACGUCAAGGGCAUCGACACCACAAUGGGCUAUGUGGGCUGGAUCGGAAGCAACCUCGGCAUCUCAGAGCCAAAGCAGAGGCACCAAGUCGAGAGUCAGAUUGUCACAGAGUUACUCUCACUGGGAGCAGUCUUGUUCUGCAAGACUAGCCUCCCCCAGACGCUUCUCUUCGGAGAGACCAAGAACAACCUCAUCGGACAGACACUGAAUCCUCAAAACCAAAACUUGUCAUGUGGAGGCUCUUCUGGGGGCGAGGGUGCACUGAUGGCUCUCCGCGGGAGCACUUUAGGAGUUGGCACUGACAUCGGAGGUUCGGUUCGUAUUCCUGCUGGCUUCUGCGGCAUCUUUUCCAUCAAGCCGACUCCGGAGCGUCUCGCCUACCGCGACGUGGCGAAUACAAACCCUGGCCAGAACACUUACCGCUCGACUGUCGGGUUCCUUGGGACAUCGCUGGAUGCGCUGGAGCUCCUCCUGAAGUCUGUUCUCAGCACGGAUCCCUGGCAGCGUGACCCAUCGGUCGUACCGAUUCCUUUCCGCCAGGAGGUGCUUGACUCAUACUCGUCUCGAGUAGAUGAGCAGGGCCAUGCCAAGCCCGCUGCAAAACCUCUCAAGAUUGGUGUUUUUUGGACAGAUGGUGUUGUUGGACCCCAUCCUCCUGUUCUCCGAGGUUUGCGAAUGGUUCACGAUGCCCUCAAGAGCUCCGGCCACAAGGUGGUAGAUUGGGAACCACCAUCACACGCCACAGCCAAGCGAGUUCAUGUAUCCUUCCUCAUGGCCGAUGGUGCUCACGACAUCCAUCAACAUCUCAACCUGUCAGGAGAGCCCUUGAUUCCGGACCUGAAACAGGCCUUCCAGCUUCGGCCACCGAUCGGAUUGCUAGAGUACCAGGAUUUAACUCUUCAAGGCCUUGCCUACGAGCGCGAAUACUCUGACUAUUGGAGUUCUACUGUAGAUUCAGAUGGCCAAGAAGUUGACGCUGUGAUCAUGCCCGUUGCACCCCACGCAGCCGUAAUUCCGGGCAAGUAUUAUCACACCGCAUACACUGAGGCAAUUAAUUUGAUGAACUAUUCGGCCGUCGUGAUCCCCGUGACGCAAGCUGACGAGAAGAUUGACGUCUUUGACCCUUCUUACAAGCCAUUGGGAGACAUGGACAAGCUCAACUGGCAAUCGUAUGAUCCAGCCGUGUAUCAUGGGGCACCUGUCGGUGUCCAGGUUGUGGCGAGAAAGUUUGAGGAGGAGAAGGCUCUGGCGAUCUCGAGAAUUGUGUACACUGCCAUUCAGCGCACCGACACUUCUUGA